ACGCUUGCAGAAUCUACAUCGGCAGACCAAAGUAGCACCCAAAGAACAACAUUUCGUACAGUGCCUGCAACCACUGAGCGAAGCACUGCUACAUCAACUCUGCUUGAGACCACAGUGGCUAGUACAACUACAGAGCAGACAAGCACAAUUGGCUUGUCUUCCGCAGCAUCUUCGACAGAACCUGCUCGAAGUACUCUUCUCAGUACUUCUGAAGGGUAUUCAACUGGACAGUCCACAGAAUAUUCUUCAGCAGGCACCACCCUUGAACCAAGCUCCACCACUAGCAGAUCAAGAACGUCAGUCCAGUCGACAACGUUUUCAGAAUCUACAGCGGUGGACCAAGGUACGACGGCACAAAGAACCACAGUCCCUACACUGUCGGUAACGACAGAACAAAGCACCUUGACCUCAACCUUGGCAGAGACCACAGUGGCUAGUACAACAACGGAGAGGGCUAGCACAUUUAAAUCGUCUUUUGCCACGACAACGCUUUCUGAAUCGACACCGGUGGACGAAAGCACGACCGCGCAAAGAACGACAACAGAACAAAGCACCUUGACCUCAACCUUGGCAGAGACCACAGUGGCUAGUACAACAACGGAGAGGGCUAGCACAUUUAAAUCGUCUUUUGCCACGACAACGCUUUCUGAAUCGACACCGGUGGACGAAAGCACGACCGCGCAAAGAACGACAGUUCCUACUCUGGCGGUAACAACAGAGCAAAGCACUUUGACCUCAACCUUGCCAGAGACCACCGUGGCAAGUACAACAACGGAGAGGCCUAGUACGCUUGAAGUUUUUUCCACGUUCUAA